AUGUCACUAUCAGUCUUACUCCCCCCCCAACCAGCACCCUACCUCCUCCUCGGAACCCUCCCCCUCCUAGUCCUCUCGGAGUCCAACUCCAGAUCGCACGCAGGAACCGGCCUCUUCAAGAUGCUCUCAUCGGUCGCAUUCGCCGCGGGCCCUGCACUCCUGACCACCACCGAAUGGGUCCCCUACCGCCAAUACAUCACGACGGGCCUCAUCUUCUCCACAAUCGGCGAUUUCUUCCUCAUCCCCUCCGCGCGAGACUUCUACGCCUCCAAAAAAGAGAAAAAGAGCCAACCGACAGUGUCCUUUCAACUCGGCGUCGUCGCCUUCGCUGCCGCCCACAUAGCCUACAUCGCUGCCUUCCUCCGCGACUCACAACAGACCUCCAACCCCAUCCUCGCAACGACCUUCUUGGCUACAAUGGCCCUCGCUAAAUGGCUCGGCGUUAUCUAUCCCCCAGCGCGCUCGUCCGGCGCGACGAACGUGCUCAACCUGGAGGUUACAGGCGAGAUGCGUCCGCUGGUGUCUGUGUAUGCGGCGAUCAUCAGCGCGAUGUUGGCGGCGGCGGCGGCGACUGUUCCGGGGGAGUUUCAGACGCCGUGGCCGUAUCAGCGGGUUUUGGGGGCCGGGAUGUUUGUCGUGAGUGAUUUGUUUGUGGCGCUGGAGGCGUUUGGGAGGGGUAAGGGGAAGAGGGGGUGGGGGAGGAUUUUGGUGGGCUAUGCGCUUUAUUUUUGGGGGCAGAUGGUGAUUGCUGGGACGGUGGGUUAG